CUCUGCUCUACAGGAUCUCUGGAGUCACCGUUGCCACAUCACAACAAUAAAACACCGGAGCAAACUUCACAUUUCUGCGAUCGGACGCCUUUUUCCUCCGCGGUGGACGAUGGCGAAGGAUCCUUUGGCGGACGCAGGUUUUUAUUUCGAUGAACUGAACAAACUGAGAGUCCUGGAGCCGGAGGUGAGUCACAGCACCAGCGAACUCAAGGAGGAGUGCAAAGAGUUUGUGGACAAAAUCGGUCAGUUCCAGAAGACGGUGGGCGGCCUCAUCGAUCUGGUCGACGAACUCGCCAAAGAGGCAGAGACGGAGAAGAUGAAGGCCAUAGGAGCUCGUAACCUCCUGAAGUCUGUGGCCAAACAGCGCGAGGCUCAACAGCAGCAGCUCCAGGCCCUGAUCACAGAGAAGAAGAUGCAGCUGGAGAGAUACCGAAUCGAGUACGAGUCUUUGUCCAAGGUGGAGUCGGAGCAGAACGAGUUCAUCGAUCAGUUCAUUUUACAGAAAUAACCAAAACUUUACCAAAUGUCACCGAACCAAAUGAGUGCCUCCAGACCCAAGAACCUGCUGCAGAUCCCGCGGCGCUCCGGAUCCUUACGCGGCGCUCCGGAACAUCGAGCGUCACGGGAUGUUCCGGAGCGUCGCGGGAUGUUCCACAUUCCACUCUCGGCUUUUAUGUCAGUGUUUUUGUUGAAAGAUUUACAAAAGGUCGGACAGGGUUUAAAACACACGCUGGAAUUCUGUUAUAAAUAUUCGGUUAUAAUACUAUAAAUCUAGAAAUUAUUACAAAGAGACUGAACCAGGACUGGACCAGGACUAAACUAAGACUAAACUAGGGAUUGGAACUGGGCUGAAUCAGAACCAAACCGCAUUCCUUGAUUCUACCUGGUUUAGUCCUGGGUUAGACUUGGUUUAGUCCAUGUUUAGUCCUGGUUUAGUCCUGCUUUAGAUCUCAGCUGGUCCUUGUUCAGUCCGAGGUUUAGACCCUGGUUUAGUCCUGGUUCAGUCUUGGUUUACUCCUGGUUUAGUCCUCGUUCAGUUCUGGUUUAGUCCUGGUUCAGUUCUGGGUCAGUUCUGGUUUAGUCCUGGUUUAGUCCUGGUUUAGUCUUGGUUUACUCUCGGUUCAGUCCUGGGUCAGUCCUGGGCUGGACCUGGUUCAGUCCUGGUUUAGUUCUGGUUCAGUCCUGGUUCAGUCCUGGUUCAGUCCUGGUUUAGUUCUGGUUCAGUUCUGGUUUAGUCCUGGUUCAGUCCUGGUUCAGUCCUGGUUCAGUCCUGUUUUAGUCCUGGUUCAGUCCUGGUUCAGUUCUGGUUUAGUCCUGGUUUAGUCCUGGUUCAGUCCUGUUUUAGUCCUGGUUCAGUUCUGGUUCAGUCCUGGUUCAGUCCUGGUUCAGUCCUGGUUCAGUCCUGGUUCAGUCCUGGUUCAGUCCUGUUCAGUCCUAGUUCAGUCCUGGUUUAGUCCUGGUUCAGUCCUGGUUCAGUCCUGGUUUAGUCCUGGUUCAGUCCUGGUUUAGUCCUGGUUCAGUCCUGGUUCAGUCCUGGUUUAGUCCUGGUUCAGUCCUGGUUUAGUCCUGGUUCAGUUCUGGUUUACAUUUUCCAAACUUGUUCAUAAAUUUUAAAUGUUCGUCAUGUGGAGAAUCGUUGGAUCUGUUUAUGUAAAAUAUAUUUAUAAGUUUAUUUAUACGACGUCGUGUUUGAGUCCUGCAUGUGCACGUCUCUGUAAAUACAAAUCUGCAUCCAAAAAACACAGAAAAAACUUGACUUCUUCCCUUUUUUUGUGUAAUUCUUCUCAAUUCAAAUGUUUUAAAGUGUAUUUUGUCUAAAGUGUUCGAAUGUCCAGGUACAAUGACGGGCAGAAAUACUUGAAUAAUAAAACGUCAAUGCACAA